GACAAAAUAUACCUGUUAAUUCAAACUCUCAUUCGUUAGUUAUCCAUAAUCAAUGGCCAGAGAUAAAAUAUUGACUUCCCAGGACGUUGUGGACCUAAUGGCUCGCGAUCGUGCUGUGGUGGUGUAUCGGGGUAAUGUUUUGGACCUAACCAACUGGCUUCAAAGACAUCCUGGUGGAGACAAAGCAGUGUUACAUAUGGUGGGAAGAGAUGCUACUGACGAGAUGAUCGCAUACCAUGGACGGGACACCGUCAAGACGUUUAUGAAAUGGAGAAUUGGACGUGUGGAAGGAGAAUGGGAGAAUUUGUUGCCUCCUAUACAAGGUGCCAAAUAUAAAUCAGUCUAUACAAAAGGAGAUACUAAAUUGGAAAAUAAGUUGGACCGGUCAGACACCUCUGAUGUAUCAUUGUCCAGUUCCAGUUCCAUCAGUUCCAUGGAUGAGAAGAAGAACACCAGUAUUUCAUUGACGAAAUCGGUAAAGCCAUCGAUUUUGACGUCUAAAGGAGAAGUGAACCCCAAGGUUCCUCAAAAUAUUAUGAUCAGCAAAGAAAACAAAGACCACAUCUUUCCCUUAUACGAGGAUGAGACCAUUGUGGAUCCCAAGAUUCUUGUAGAGAAGUAUGACAACCAGUUGAGUCAAGACGAUGUGCUCAACUUUCCAAAUCUCGAUUAUACAACACAACGUCGUUUAAGAAAAAGAUACAAUGAAUUGCACCACUUGAUCAUCAAAAACGGCUUUUACAAGUGCAACUACUGGAACUACGUUAGAGAGAUAGUUAAACUUGCCACUUUGUUUUUGUACUCGUUGUCAUUUUACAAACUCGGUUACCUCAAAAUCAGUGCCUUACUAUUAGGAAUCACCUGGCAACAAGGAACCUUCAUUGCCCAUGACGCCGGGCAUCUUUCUAUUACCCACAACUAUGAAAUUGAUAACAUCUUUGGAAUGCUUAUUGCCGAUUUUUUUGGUGGUUUGAGUUUGGGAUGGUGGAAAAAGAAUCACAAUGUUCACCAUUUAAUCACAAAUGACCCGGUCCAUGAUCCAGAUAUUCAGCAUUUACCAUUUUUUGCCGUUAGUACUCGACUUUUCAACAGUGUAUAUUCCACUUACUAUGAAAAGGUUCUCGAUUUCGAUGCUCCUAGCAAGUUUUUGAUUAAGUUUCAACAAUACCUAUACUACCCCAUAUUAUGUUUCGGAAGAUUCAACUUAUACAGAUUGUCUUGGACCUAUAUUAUUGCUGGAGAAGGUCCAAAAAAGGGUAAGGCGGCAUGGUUCAGAUACUUUGAGUUUGUGGGGCUCCUGUUUUUCAGUUAUUGGUAUUUCUACUUGAUGGUAUAUAAAAACUUGAAUACCAACUGGGAAAGAUUUCUGUUCUUGAUGAUUAGCAAUAUUGCCAGUUUCAUUGUCCAUGUGCAAAUCACCCUUUCCCAUUUUGCAAUGUCAACCUCUGACUUGGGAGUAAGUGAAUCGUUUCCAAUGAGACAACUUAGAACUACCAUGGAUGUUGAUUGUCCUGAAUGGUUAGACUUCUUCCAUGGAGGAUUGCAAUUUCAGGCCAUUCAUCACUUGUUCCCCAGGUUACCAAGGCACAACUUGAGAAGAGUUCAACCGUUUGUGGUUGAUUUCUGUAAGGAUGUGGGAUUAAAGUACUCGAUUUAUGGGUUUGGUGAAGGUAACGAAAUUGUGAUUGGUAAACUUGGAGAUAUAGCCAAACAAUGGAGUAUACUUUCAGAUGCAAUCAAGAAGUUUGAACUCGAUGAGUUCCAGUAAACACAAUAACAUGCAAUAUAUAUUUAUGGUGUAUUUGAGAUCGUAAACUCGUACUCACUAGGUGGGAAUGUCAUUAAAAGUAUGCUUUAUUAGCCCUUUCUUAUCAAGAUAAUAGAGGAACUCGAUGAACUUAUCGUUCUCUAGCUCGAAUUGGUCUUUCUUCACAAGCAUCUUGUACAAAGACAUGUUUUCACUAGCAUUCUCCUUGACAUAAUAGUUAUUCUCAAACGAUUUGGGCACCUUGACUUUCAUAUUGUUGAUCAUCUUAAAAUCAGUUUCCAGUUCAUGCAUGUUCUUACAGUUGUCACCAAACCGGCAACUUUUAUUAUUCUGGUAAAAUCUGCAAAUUUGACGUGGUUUCUUUGUAGUUGGAGAUGAGGUGGAAGGCUCCUCCUGCAAUUUACGCUUUUUAUCCGAGUGCUUCUCCUGCUGUUUUCUCUCGAGGUUUUUGGUGGACGGCCAGUUUUUACGUCUCUCAGCAAUCCACUUUUGUAUAUCUUCGUCAGUUUCAAGUUUGAUGGUAGUCCCUGGAAUAUAUAUGGGAGAAGCAGAAGACUCGUGCGAUGAGCCUUCAGCGGUAGCGGAUUUCAGUUCUAUCAGAACCGUCAUCAGCUCGAUAUUUGUCUGAUCGCCUGGCUCCAGAGUACUUGCCGGCUUCGAACUCAGUGCCUGCUCAUUGGGCAAGUGUGUCGGGAGAUCAAACAAAUCCAUUUCCCCAGAGUCAGUGUAUUCAGCUGCUACAAACGGAUGCGAGAACGUGUGCCGCGCACACAGUGGGCGUGCGCCGGCCGGAUGCGGACUGGGUUGUGCUUGAAACGAUCUGCAACAGAUAAACCACCCAGUACACAUAAACCCGAGACAAGUCAACCAUCAAAACCUUGGUGGUUGACUAGGAUUCCGGUGGGGUCCUUGACGACCCGAAAAAAUAGUAACGAAUUGUCUACUAUGUAACCACCCCUGCGACGCCCUGAUCAGCACCAGCCUCCCUCAAAAAUACAGAAGG